GAACGCUACAUGGUUUAAGAUAAAUAUCUUUAACUGUAUUAAAUAACACCGUAUAAAACGGUCUCCCAAAUCGUUGUCAUUAAAUUUUCAUUUUUUCGUAAACUGACGUCAGUUUAUGUCUAGUGUACAUAUAAAUCGAUGAAAUGAUUAAAGAAUGGGGUUAAGUCAUGUUGUUCAGUGUUGUUAUGCUUUUCAAAAUGUUAUAUACAUUCAAUCUUAAACCAUACAGCUUGGAACCACAUUUUUCAGCCUCAUUGCCUUACUGCAAACAAAUACUUGAUGAUCGGUGCAACUACAAAGUUUCGGGUAUGAUUCAUCGAACUCUCUGUCCAAGUUGAAGUGCUUGGGUGAAACUAAACAGGUUGACUCGACACAUAGCAGGAUGACCAAGCGUCAGAAAUCAAGUGGAAAAGGUCGCGAUUCUCGGAAAGGGAGCUCCAAGUCUCUUGGAGAUUUUAACAAUGGGGAAAAAUCACAAUCUUCUGUUAGACAGAUGAGAAGAAGGCCCGCUACGUCUGGAAAGGAAGUUGGGUUAUCGCGAUCAGAACGAAUACUGUGUCAUAAUGACGAGUCGAUCGAUAGUGGAGAUAGUAAUGACUGUCUUGAAAAUACCGCAAAAGCCCAUAGACCUCUGGAUGUCAUUGUUGUUGAUGUUCACAGCGAAAAUAAGGAAAUAAAGUUAUUCAAGCCAAGAAACAUUGUUGAAGAUGCUAAUGUCUGCUGGUUAGACGCCAUAAGUUGUGAAAACAAGGCAAAUCCCCCAAGAAGUCAAAGAAAGAAAAGUGCCAUGGAAGGAAUGGCCUGGGAAAUUGAAGAAUCGAUCGAUACCAUCCAAGAAUUUGCAGAAGACUCUAAAGUCUUCAUGUCUUCUGCUGAUCGAGAACCUUCUACGAAAUUUUCAAAAUCUUCUGAUCAUUCAAACUCUGAAGAGAAUUAUACCCAACUUUUUGGAUCAGAGGAGAAAAUAUUGAGGACAACUGCUGGGAAUUCAGACCCUGAACCAGAACCUUGGAAGACGAAUAUGGAGGCACCUAAGCGGAGACGUAAACGGUGGUCCAAGGGUGAGAAGAAUUUACACUUGACCCAAGAGCUAAUUGCAAAUUCCUCCGACACAAACCGGUCGGUGGAUACCGAUUCUCAUCUCUUUACUGAUUCUCAGCUUAGACCGGUUCCUGCUCCACGAAAAAAGAAAUUUUCUAAAUCCUUGGCUAAUGAGUCUAGCUUGGUGUUCGACAAUGCCGCUUUUCGAUCCGAUGCUGAAGAGGUGCUUCGAAUUGAAACGGAGGUCUACGAACCUCCAGGAGGAUCGGAUAACAGUCAAAAAUACAGACAGAGUACUAAGAUAGAGAUGAGCAGUUUCUACGAUUCGUCCAAGAGUGUUAGACAGAUGGAAACAAACUUAAUCCAAUCGAAAGACGAUUUUUCUCAGUACACGAAUCGCAGAGACAACAACGAGGUGGUCAAAGUAUUCGAGGUUUUAGACUCUGGUAAUUCUGAAACUGAAAUUCAUGAUGCCGAGAGAGACGGGGAUCCUGGAGCUCAGUUGACUCCUAUCAAGUCUAGGCAGCAAUUAAACUCUCGCACAACAUUUGAAACUUCUGAGUUCUCAAAAAGCAAUGACCAAGUUUUGAAGUCUGCUGUGCGUGAAAAAAAAAUCUGGAAUGAGGAAUCAGCGAGUAAAAGGCGGCCGUUCUCUGAAGAUGAUUCCGCAAACAUUGAUACCAGUUGUUCGUUGAUGGACAUCACUGACUUGCCUAGAAGCAGAUCAGCGAAAAAAGAUGGAAAGAAGUCAAAGUACUCAAGGCGGGAAGUUGAUUCUGCUAAAAAGUGUGUGCUAAAAUCCAGAUCGAGUAGUGGCCUGAAGAAUACAAGUACGCAAAGUAGCAAAGAUGAUUCGGUUGAGUAUAAUGCAGACAAAUCGGACCGGUUUAUAUCCAUCACCAUUCACAAAGCAGAUGUAUUGGAAACGGAUUUUAUUACCAGACACCCAAUGGUGAAGGUUCAUAUCGUGGACAUGAAAACGGGAAAUUAUUUAAAGACUGCAGAAAAUGAUGAUCAUGAAAGAUGCGGCUAUCUGCAACCAAUGAUCACUGGGAAGUUUGACUUCAAGAAGAAUAAAUCUAUCGUGCCUAAUUGGGAGGAGGAAUUGAUAUUUGAUUACAACUUUGACGAUGUUAUUCGAAUGGAUGACAAACCGACAUUAAUAUUGUUCGAAGUAUUGGAUUUAUUGAAUUUUGCCGAGGCCAGAUUCAACUAUAACAUCUUGGGCAGUGAAGGAUGUUGGCAUAAAAUUGCUUGGGCUUUUCUGAGGCCAGUCGGAGUAAAUGGGACGUCUCACAUGAACAAGAAAGUCAGACUUCAACUGUACCAGCCGUCUAAAGCUUCUAAAAAAUCCGGAAGACUUGGGCAAUGCGAGGUCUUCAACAGUUGGAAAUCCAAUAAUAGGGAGAAAUAUCCAAGCACGUUAUACGUGACAUUGAAACCUGUUGAACUGCCAGUUGAAGAUCCGGUUCUUUACGAUCAUCUUAGCCUGAACAAAUUACCUGAGAUAGACAACGAGUCUUGCGGUAGUUUGAUGAAAGCCUCGGACCUAUUGCAGUUGCCAAAGUGGACUAGACUCGCCGCACAGUCUUGCAAGAUUCCAAACAACCAUCUGUUUCAAUCUGAAACGUUUGAAAAUGGCUGCUUUUACGUCACAUUCAGCAACAGCGGCAAAUACCUUGCUUGCGUAGGCUCGGAAGAUGGCAACUACCCAAUCAUCGUCUACACGGUUCCUGAGGGAAUGAUAUGUGUCCGGUUCAUUGGGCACAAAAAUUUUGUCUAUGGUCUAAACUGGUCAAACGACGACAAGUACUUGCUGUCUGUAUCUUCGGAUCAAACUGCCUGCAUUUGGGACGUAAGAAACAAAAUAAUUCAGCAUAUCCAGAUGUUGCCUCACCCGUCGUACGUUUAUUGCGGGAAAUUUUACCCUAGGAACAAAGACGUUGUAGUGACAGGGUGUUGCGACAGCAUUGCCAGAGUUUGGAUGAAAGGCAGAAGAAGCAAGUGUUACGAACUCACCCAAGAAUUAGACGAGCACAAAGGAUACGUGAAUUCGAUAUGUUUUCAGAAGGACGGUGGUCUGAUCACUGCCGAUAGCGUUGGUGUCAUAAUACUGUGGACUUUGAAGAAGGCAGCUAGCAUUUCGUCAGCAAGGGAAUGGAACAUUUUCAAGAUAAUUAAAAAUAAUGAAAUCGAGAAUAUCGUCGUCAACACAGUUCUUUCGCAACCCCUGGAAUCGCGAAUUUUGGUUCACUCGCGGGAUAACGGACUGCGAAUGAUCGACCUCGCCACGGGAGUUGUUUUGCAGCGAUACAAAAGUCUCAGAAAUCGCAGAUUACAAAUAACUGCAUGCUUGUCGCCUUGUGGAGGGUUUGUUCUUUGCGGUGGGGAAGAUUCGUAUUUGAAUAUAUGGAACGUCGAGAACGGAAAGAGAGUCGCUAAAUAUCUGGUACAAGAUACGAAAAUCGUAGCCUGCGUUGCUUAUCAUCCUUUUGAACAUAUUCUGGCAUUCUCAACAUUCGGCAGCACAUCUGUUGUUCACGUAAUGAACUUCAGUAAGAAUUCAACGGGGGAGAGUGUCGGUCUAAGUUUGAUUGCUAAUAAUGAGGUUCUGGACAAUGACGACGAUACUAAGAUCACUGUAAAAUUUGGUAAGAGUUACGCUACACGAAAUGUGACGGAUGAAAAUCCUCUUUCUAGACAAGAACUAUUGCGUCAGAAAUUAGAGAGACUUGACUAUUCCAAGGAGGGUCUCAAGUCAAGAAGUGCUGCCAGAUUGAAUAACAUAAUAGAAAAAAUUGACAAAAUCCUUGUGAAUACAGCGUUAACACGACAUACGGGUUUGACGUGUAGUCUCAACGACGCACCCAGCCAGUAUCUAAGCGCAGUUUCGCCCAACGCCGAGAAAAGCAUUUGUAGCAAAAAGUAUGAACGGAACGUUGUAUCAAGAUCUCAGAUGAGCAGAAGCAGGGACAAGAGCCUAACUUUGAACACUGAUGCGACUGUAAGGUUACGAAAAACUAGUGGAGAGCUUAUUGAGAUGCAGGAUAUUAGUUUGUUGGGCAAUGACGAGUCAACAGACAGUGAGAAAUUGCGGAAAGUAGGAAUGUCGGAUAUCCAUACGGAAAAUCGUCAGAAUAUUUCAUCCUGUAGUGACAUGGAAUUCAACGAAAUCCGUUCCAUCCAUAGACAUGGUGGUGAGUCAUUCAAAAAAAAGUAUGGAAAGAAUAAAUCUGAGGCUGAUGUGGAAUCAAAUCGUGGUAGAACAAAACGUCGUGGAUCAUCGGACGACAAGAUUUUCCACAGCAACGAAACUUGUAUUAUAACUUUAGAGAACCUGGCAGACAGUUUGCCCAGCGACACCAGCACCCCGGGUAGCACAGGGACUUACAUCGUUGACAAGAAGAAGGAUAUUAGAUUUUCAAUGUUAGACAAAAGCAGGGUGGCUAGCGAUUCGGGUAGCUCGGCAAAAAGCAGUAUUACAUUUACUGUUGAAAAUGAAGUAAAAAACGACAAUUCGCAUACACCGCAAAUAAAUGAUCUAAUUUGAAUCGAUCGAUAUGCAACAGUAGCAUCUCUAAGAUGCUCAAUUUAUUUUUUCAAUGUUUUUUACAAAGUCAACUUUGAGCUGCAAAUAUUUUGGUAAAAUUAUGAACUACUUCAUUUUUAGUUCCUAUCGUUUCAAGGAUGUUCAUAUGAAGAAUGUUUGAUUGAUUUCUUACGCACUUUUAAAAUUAUGGAACGAAAAUGCAAUAUCUCAAGUUUUAUUCUAAACGAUAUUUAUCCAAAAAAAUUUUCAUUUCUCGCUUUGCUAGAAGCACGUCGAAAAUAUGUAGAAGGCUGAACCUAUUUUCUGAGUUAUUCCUAAAAUUUGGAAGCGGUAAUUGGGUUUUAAUUGAGAAAAAUUACACAGGUGCUUGAAUGAAUAUAAAAAUGAAUCAUGAAAAUGUAUAUACUAUGAGGUUCGUUGGAAAUUAACUGGAACUAAAAAUAAGUCUUGAAUUUAUUUUUAACUUUGACAAGGUGUUAAAAUUGUCUUUCAGUAAUACAAAUCUUUGGAAAUGUGACGAAAAAUAGCAAAAAAAUUUAUUUUUUCCUCUGUAUAAUAUUGAUCUACGUAACAAGUCAUAUUUUUCUUCUCAAUUAUUGAAAUGCUAAACAUUAAUUAUUUUCUAUUCGUGGUUCUUCAAAUUGCUAAAACGGAUGGGAAAACAUCUUUUUCUGACAGGGCAAAUUUUGAAAUAUUCAGUAUUACAUAAAUAAUAUAAAUGAAAAAUCAAUGGUUAUUUUUCAAUAACUGACUUUCAAAAGGAAUAACACAGGUCACAGAAAAAAAAAUUUUCUUUAAGUUUAUGUUUAAAUGAAUAAAUUUUUAUUCCAUGGAUCCAUUUAAAAAAUUUCCAUUUAUUGGUUAUAAAGUAUGCUUUUUUCUUUGUUAUGUUGAUAAAUAAGUCUUCAAAUUUUUGGUUCAUAGUAUAAGCAGCACGCAGAGAGAAAAAGCAAACUGUAUCAGAUUAGAACAGACUCCAAAUUCAUGUUAACUGGUGUAAUCCAUUGGCUUUCAAAUCAUUAAAUCCUGUUUGCAACACAA